UAUAGAAGCCGAUCUCUACUGAAACGUCGCCUUCCUUCCGCAGAAGGCGGUGAAAACACACGCAGUGGGGCUGUCGAUGCGGCUUCACCCGUGAUUCAGCUGCCAGCAGACUUCUUCCACCCAGCCGCCGCAGCGCAGUCAGACGCUCACGGGGACGGCAUGAGGCCGAGGGACAUGGGCCCGUCCCGGCUGGCGUCCCCCGCCUCCUGGGCCUCUCUACGCUCCCCCGGAGCCAACAGCAGGCCUCUGAGCUCUCAGCAUCCAUCGCACAGCGACUCGUCCUUGGCCCCAGGCAGUUCAGAUGGCAGCCUGCAGGCCGCGCCGGAUGAAGGGCUCGGCUUUGGCGUGUGCCCACCUCGACAUCUGGAUCUCCCCGUGCCCGUCCUCCGCCCGGUCCCCGCCGUUGCGUUGCGCCCUAAAGAACAGCCCCCAGCGGACCGGGGGCAGCCACCGCUGAGCGGACAGAGCUCUGCCACUCGGAGGAAACAGAGGAGCCACAGCAGCGGCGGCGGUGGAAGCAGGGGUCCAAGCUGCCCCCAGCAGGACUGCGUGGACCCUUCAGAUGAGGAGGUGGGGACGGGGACGGGAAGAGACGGCUGCCACCAGGCCCUCUGCAGCGAACAGUUGUCGGAAACGCUCAACAGUCUGUCCCUCACGUCGCUGCUCGCCCCGGGCCCUCUGGCGCCCACAGCGAUGAAGAAAUGCAACAGCACGGGAUCGAUAGACCGCUCGAACCUGUCCGCCCGAGGGAAAGACGGCCGACACACAUGCGCCGUAGAUCCCCACGGAUUCUUGUCCAGUCCUUGGAUCGAUGGGAGGGCACAAGCGCCCCUGGAUGACAGUAAUGCGGCGAAGAGCAGCGCUCGGCACGUCAACACAUGCGCCAGGAAAAAAAGAUGAAACGCACGUUGGUCUUCUGUCGCCGAACAGUUAAAUCCUCUGCGUUUCUGGUGUUUGAACGUAGCAGGAGGAGACUUCUCAACGCGUGUCCUUUGUUCAGUGCUCCGUCGUACUCUGUUGGGAUCAGUCCUUUCCUUAAAAGAUGCCUAAUUCUUUCCUUUUUGCACAGGAGAUGGUUACUUUUUGACAGGUUUUAGCAGUAAUUACAAGUCAAUUCACUUUUUUUUUUCUUUUAUGGCAUAGCCAUGAUUUGGCUUCAAACUUUACCAGUCUUGGGGGGUUUUAUGGAAGAAGCAUUUAGAGAGUACAGGCCUGAAGUUUGCAGUGAUUACUAUGAUGACAUUAAAUUACAGGAGAUGGGGCUCGAUUGACCCCGUGUGCCCACAGCCUUUGUGCAAAAACAAAACAGUCUUACGUGACUGCAGACGACCUCCAGAGCUCCUCUUUGAGGAAACACUGAACUUUGUACAGCUAGUCUUUAGGGAUUUUUUAAUACCCAUGGAUAACAGUAGCAUCCCCCUUUUUUUCCAAUCUCUGGUGAAUUUCGUAGAUUCAGACAGACUGUGUAUUUUUAUUUUUUAGAUUAUUAUUAUUGUUAUUAUUUGUUCAUUUGUUAAUUUUGAAGACGCACCCACUGGCCUCCAUUUGUGGGAACCAGACAGAGGACAGAAAUGUAACGGAGUCUCUGACUGAUGGAGGGACUCUUGUUGAAAAGAAUCCAUGAAUGCUGCUAAGAAUUAAAGUGAGGAGUAGGAGGAAGCAUUGUUCACUUUAACAGAGGGAACCAUUUUUACUUUUCAAGUGCAUAUGAAGGGCUAUAAUGUACUGAGGGCAAACCUGGGCUAAAUACUAUGGUUAUUAUUCAGUUUUAUUAGAAAAUAUUAUCAAGGCACCUGCAUUGACCUGAAAGACCUCAUGACUUUAGACAUGGAAAAUGUAGGCAAUAGUGUUUCCAUACUAAACCUCCAAAAUAUAUUUGAAAAGAGUAAGUAACCGUAGAGGUGAGAUGAUCACAUUUAUAUCAGAAUAAUGAACACUUUCUCAGUUGCUGCAAGAAGACAACAGGUCCUUGUUAGCUGUUGGGGACGUCUUAGGACAGGCUUAAAGGGAUCUGGUUUAAGCCGGUCUGACCAGCUUAGCUAAAGCACAGCCUUCAUUAACACCUUUUUCUUUGUUUUUGGGGAUUUUCUGAGUGGUUUUUCUUGUGAGUCUUAAUUGGCAGGGUGCCAUCUUUCCUACUUUUGCAGUUCAGUUUGUUUUGUGCGUCGCUUUGGACACAUUGUUGGUACCCGACCAACUGUCGGGUACCAACAAUGAGGAAUUUUCAUCCCCACAUUGGUAAGAAGGGAGUCCAGAUAAUUUUUAAUUUUUGUAAACAUUUAUUCGUAGUCUACUACAAAGAAAAGAAGUUAUGUGAUUUCAACUGAGAACAAAUUGCCAUAGAGGCAAACUGAUCCAAAGUUUUUCUGUUUGUUUUUAGCAGGGCUAAUAUCUAUCUUAUUGGCUCGGAAACACUAUUGAUUAUUUGAGUUGCAAAGACACACAUCUAACAAAAACGAGUGCUGGAAAGGUCAUCCUAAAGUUCUACUACUGAUCCAAUCCAAACAGAAUAUAAAGAGACCUCUGUUAUGAUACUUCAACUUGCAGUAUGUAACUUUGACAAAAAUGUCACCGUGUCGUCACAUUAUGGUAUGAGGCAGAUGUCUGUCUCAUAAAAAAAAAAAA